AUGUACGAAAGUGGCCGAUACAUAAGCAGUUCCGAGGCAGUUUGGAGAAUCUUAACCUUUCCCAUUCAUGAAAGGUUUCCCCCCGUCACACAACUCGCAGUUCACCUCGAAAACGGUCAGCGUGUAUACUUCACCUCCACUAACCUACGAGACACUCAUCACAACACUCCACCUCAAACAACGCUUCUAGCAUUUUUUGAAAUCUGCAAAACAGAUAAUUUCGCCAAGACACUACUUUACCAUGAAGUUCCUUCUUAUUAUGUGUACAACAACAAAACAUUUUCAAGAAGGAAACUAGGGAAAGUAGUGGAGGGCUGGCCUGGAGUGAAAAAAGAAAAAGUUCUGGGCAGGGUCUAUACCAUUCAUCCUAACAACACGGAAUGUUAUCAUCUGCGCCUGUUGCUCCAUGUGGUUAGAGGACCGACGUGUUUUGAAGACUUGAAGACUGUAAACGGAGUCCUCCAUCCGACAUUCCAAUCUGCAUGCAAAGCUCUUGGAUUGCACGAGGACGACAGUCAUUGGGACACUACAUUAGAGGAAGCUGCAUUAUGCGAUUCUCCUUUGAAGCUUCGAGAGCUUUUUACAGUCAUGUUGAUUUUUUGUCAACUUUCUGAUCCUUUAAGCCUUUGGGAGAAAUUCAAAGACAGUUUCUCGGAGGAUAUUAAAAGGCAACUCGAAAGAGAUUUGUUAGAUAGUGCGCAACGGCUCAUGGACGAAGUAUACAACAGAUGCUUAAUAUUGAUCGAGGAUGCAGUGUUAGCGCAAGCAGGCCAAGAUAUAGGACAGUACGGAUUGCCUCGACCAAAAAGAUCGGGAGCAAGUUUCGGUAAUCGAGAAUAUCUGAGGGAGACUAAUUAUGACCUAGGUGCUCUGAGAGAAGUGGUGUUAUCUAAUGAAGAGACGAUGACGAAUGAACAAAAUUACAUAUACCAGCAGAUUCUUGGUAAUAUCGACAAAAAAAAGGGAAUAAUGUUUUUCUUAGAUGCUCCCGGUGGCACUGGAAAAACAUUCCUUAUCAAUUUACUGUUAGCAAAAGUUAGGAGUAAUCGUGGAAUUGCUCUGGCCGUCGCAUCGUCAGGAAUCGCAGCCACACUUUUGCAGGGAGGCAAGACAGCUCAUGCUGCCUUUAAGCUCCCAUUAAACCUCACUAAUAUCGAAACUCCACUCUGCAACAUCUCCAAACAGAGUAAUACGGCUCAUGUGCUGCGCGAUUGCAAACUCAUAGUUUGGGACGAAAGCACGAUGGCGCAUAAAAGGGGUUUCGAAGCGCUAAACAUAACUCUUAAAGAUAUCAGAGGGAACGACGACAUGAUGGGUGGAGUCACCGUGUUGUUAGCUGGAGACUUCCGUCAGACUCUGCCGGUAGUGCCGAAAGGAACUCGAGCUAACGAAGUUAAGGCUUGCAUUAAGGCCUCUAAUCUUUGGCCUUUUGUCAAAAAACUCCACCUUACGAAAAACAUGCGAGUGUACUUGAAGGGCGACGUUUGCACUGGACAAUUUGCCGAUCUCCUUCUUAAAAUAGGUAACGGAGAAUAUCCGGAAACCGAGGGCAAAAUAACCAUUACCUCAGAUCUUGCCGUAGUUGUAUCAACUAUUGACGACCUAAUAACUCGAAUAUAUCCAGAUAUACAUAACUUAAACAGCAAAUCCACGGACUGGCUAUGCGAACGUACAAUUCUCACAACUAAAAAUGAUCAGUCUUCCGCCAUUAACGAUAUUUUAUUAAGGUCCUUCGAAGGGCCAGAACACGAGUACAGAUCCGUGGACACUGUUGUACAUACGGAUGAUGCUGUUCACUAUCCUGUGGAGUUCCUGAAUUCUUUAAACCCACCUGGUCUACCGCCUCACACACUUACCAUCAAAGUAGGAGCACCGGUAAUGCUGCUAAGAAAUCUCAAUCCACCUAAAUUGUGCAAUGGGACCAGGUUGCGCGUGAAAGCCUUACACAAAAACGUGAUAGAGGCCAUUAUAUUUACCGGCUGUGCUCGAGGUGAAUCAGUGUUUAUUCCUCGAAUACCUCUGAUACCAACGGACUACCCGUUCGAGUUCAAGAGAUUGCAGAUCCCUCUUAAGACCUGUUUUGCUAUGACAAUUAAUAAAGCUCAGGAUCAGUCACUGAAAACAGCGGGAAUAGACUUAAGAGGGAAUUGCUUCUCUCACGGUCAGUUCUACGUGGCCUGCUCGAGAGUGAGCUCACCAAGCAACCUGGUCGUGUUAGCACCUGAAGGCAGAACCUGUAAUGUAGUUUAUAAGGAGGUACUUUAA